CAGCGCAUUUUAUUAAUUACGCAAUUAAAAGCAAUAAUUGUUGGAUAAAAUCAGUGCUAAAACCAACAUUAAAGGGAAAAAAAUAAAUUUGGUUAAAAAGUGAAUUUGUAGUGAAAAUUACAUAAAGAGAUGGAUGACCUUGGAAUCGGAAUCGAUAUCGGAGCCUCGAAAAUUGUGGUUGCUGUUUGUCGCGGAGACAAAGCUGAAGUCAUUUUGAACAGCGAGGGAUGCAGAUCGACCAAAUUCUGUGUUGCUUUUAACAACAAGGAGCGAUUGUUUAGUGAUGCAGCUGAGGGACAAUUUUCUGUCAAUCCGGAAAAUACGAUUUAUGGAAGAGACGUAAAGCAAAUUAUUGGAUUACACAAACAACAUUUUGAAGGAAAAAUGUCAAUUUUUUCAUGUCCCUUGAUUUUAAGUGAAGAUCCUGAGCAAGUGCGAUAUUGCCUCAAGUACCGAAAUCAGGAGCCAAAACUUUUUCCGGAGCACAUUUUGACCAUGUUUUUGUCAAAAAUCAAGAAAGAAUUGGAAAUCUUUUACAAGAGAUCAGUUUCAAAAGCAGUCAUCACAGUUCCUUCGAUGUUCAAUAGUGCUCAAAGAUUUGCCGUGAAAAAUGCUGUCCUCGCUGCUGGUAUCGAGGUUGAGAGUAUUUUGAAUGACUCCACAGCUUCUGCGAUCACUUACAUGAUCGAACGGCACGGAAGUGACGACAAAAAUAUCUUGAUUUUUGACAUGGGAGCAACUUCGACGGAUGUUGCUGUGAUUAAAUUGACCGGAAAUUCAGUAGAAGUCAAAGCUUGUGGCGGAAAUUUGGAUCUGGGAGGCGACAGUUUCGUUCUUUUGCUACUCAAAUACUUUAUUCGAGAAUUUGAACACGAAAAAAAUGUUCGUAUCAGCGAUAACAAACAUUAUAUCGCUCGUCUUCGAUUCGCAUGUGAGAAAUUUAAGAAAAUGUUGUCGGCAACAAGUGAAGCUGUUCUUCAUGUUGAAACUUUUUACAAUGGAGAACCGUAUCAACUAAAAAUGAAGCGGGAAACCUUCGAAACUAUUUGCCAAAAUUUGUUUGAAAAGGUUGAAAAAGUCAUCGGCGAUGUCAUUCGAGCCGCGAAAUGUUCCGUUGAUGAAGUGAUUGUUGUUGGAAAUGGAGGAAGAAUUCCAAAAGUAGAGGUAACAAUUGCGGAAUUCUGUAAAAAAGAGUUGUCGAAAGUACUUAACCAAGAUGAAUCGGUAGCAAUGGGUGCAGCUUAUUACGCAGCUCGAAAUAUUUCAAAGACGUAUCGAGUCAGAUCAUUGAAUGUGAAACAAGUUACUGCAAUGCCUCUUAAUUUUGGAAUAAACGAGAAUGAAAUUAUCACUUUGAUCAAGAGAGGAAAAUUUCUUCCAAUUAAUGAUGAAAUAACUUAUCAAAACUUGCAGAAGUUUCAAAUAAAACUUAGUCAAGGCGAUCAUGUAUAUACUUGCGGUGUGCUUUCAGCAGAUCCUUAUGAAAUUUCAAGUGACUUCGACAAAGAUGGAUUACUAAAACUAACCAUAAUGGUCCAAGAUGUUUUAGAGACUCAAAAUUCUUUAAUAAAUCAUCAAAAAAUCUCCGAUCCAAAAAUUAAACAAAUCCAAACAACCGAAAGCAUGUUUGAAAAACACGAAAUUGAAUACAAAAAAGCCAUGGAAAAGAAAAAUGAUCUGGAAAAAAUUUGCCUUGUAUAUAAACGCAAGUUUAAUUCGGACGAAAUGAAAGACGUGCUUCCCGCAGACGAUAUCAAUAAAAUUAAAAAUGUUUGCUUAGAAACAUUGGAUUGGCUUGAGGAUAAUUCACACCCAGAAAUAAAAGAUAUUGAGAAAAAAAUAGAAAAUAUCAAAGAAGAAUGUGAAUACAUGAUUGAAAAAUCAGAAUUUUUGAAGAAGUUGCAACAUGCUGAUCAACUCUUUGACCAAAAAGAUUACAGAGAAGCAAGUUCAAUUUACAACCAUAUUUUGAACAACUUUUCAUACUAUUUAGAUGAUGACCGACGUGUUGACAUAAUGUUUAAAAGUGCUUCAGCAUUAAUGGAAACGAAACAAUUUUGGGAAUGCAUAAAACUGCUCAAUACUUUAUUUAACAGCACUGAAGAUGAUUUAUAUCGCCUUAAAGUUUGCCGACAACGUGGAAUUUGCCAUUUUUAUUUAAACAACUAUAAAGAAUGCAUAAGUGAUCUUAAAAUUGUGUUAAACUACGAAAGUGAUCCUGAGGUACAAAAACUUUUUGAUGAUGCAAUUUUUCAACAAAAUGUUCAAGUAGUCGAAAACAUGUUCAAGGAAGCUGAAAAUCUGACACGAAUUCAACAAUAUGAUCAAUCAAAUUCUAAGUUGAAUGAUUUGUAUUUAUACAAAGAAUUUCAUUUCUUAGUGAAAAAUGGAAACAACUUAGAAGCACGAGUUUUCAUGUUGCGAGCCCAAAACAAUUUUAUGAUGAAAAAUUACAGUCGUGUUCUGAAAGAUUGCAAAAUAGCUGAGAAGGACCCGGAAAAUCGUACAAAAGUUUUGGAAUUUCGGGUAAAAUGUUUCACGGAACUUGAAGAUUUCGAUAAAGCCGAGGAGCAACUUGCAUCACUUGAGUCAAUUACAUACAAUAAGGCACGCUUGAAUGAUUUUAAACGCAGAUUGGCAGGCAAAAAAUACCAGAAUAUUAAAGCUGAAUAUGAUGAGUUAUUCAAAAAUGAGCAAUACAAAUCGGCAUUGAAAGUGUUGGAAGAAAUUCCCGUCGAAGCAUUGGAGAAAACUCUCAAAAUUGAUCACUUUUGCAACCAAGCCGCGGCAUUUUUGGUACUCAAUAAAUUUUCAGAGGGUUUGGAAUGUUGUCAAAAAGCAUUGAAUGUUGAUAAGAAACAUUGUCGAGCUUUGGAAUUACGUGCGGAAUGUUAUUUUCACAAGGGCGAUAACAAGAAAGCAAUUGAAGAAUGUGAUGCAGUUUUGAAACUUCCAGGUAAUUAUUAUAACAGCCGUAUUCGUGACAUCAAACGUGAAGCAGAAAGAGCAAUUGAGAGCAAGAAAAACAUAUUGACACGUGCCUCAAAUGCUGUUGUUAAUACUGCCGUUAAUGUUGCUUCAGGAAUUUAUCAGAACAUUGUACUUGGUGCAAAGAAGCCAGAAGAAGAACAGAAAUGCGAUCUGGAAAAGGAGGUUGAAACACUUACAGGUGAAGAGGCGUGGAAAGAUGAAGAUGUCAACAUGGAGUCUACAGAAGCAAUCAACAAUCAGUCCAAUGAAAAGGAACAACCUCAUUAUGCCCUACCAACAGAAGCUUCCAAAAGUAAAGAAGUAAAAAAAGAAACAUUUACAUCUGAAAAUCAACAAAACAGGCGCUCACAAAGAAAUGCUGGAAAGACACAAAAUUAUUAUGAACAACAAGAUGAAAUGGAUAUUGAUUAUGAAACAAAUUAUUCCAACAAAAAUCGUCGUACAAAGCCAUAAAUUUAAAGAAAGAAAUCAAAUUUCAUGACAAACAAUUAACAUUUACAAAAAAAAAAGGAGUAUUGAAACUUACUUUAUUAAUUGUCUCAAAUUACGUACUUAACUUUACAAGAAAAAAUAAACUCAAAAAAAUCAUUCCUCAUCCUUUUUUAAAAAGG